AUGUCAAGAAAUGAUGCUCGAACUACUAACGAUAAAAUCGACGCUAAAACUCAAAGUUUGCGACGUCGAUCGGUCUUAGUUUCGUCCAAUCCAAAUAGUGAUUCUUUACCCAUUGAUCUGAUACUUGUUUAUGAUUGUACAGAUCAAGACAAAGAUAAUAAUGUUGAAAGUAUUCAGGAUAAUCAAGCUAAAAAGAAGAAGACACCAGCAGAACGUCGAAAAAGAUUUGAAGAAUAUCUUUGCAAAAAACAAGGUCUUAUUCUUAAGCAUGCAGAAUCAAAUCAGAAACAAUUUGGAUUUGUUAAAGUUCAUACUCCAUUUGAUAUUCUUUUGCUUACUGCUGAAAAUAUGCGAAUGAGAUUACCAAUUGAGAAAAUAGAAGAAGAUGAAAAUGAAAAUGAUUUAUCAACAUCACAGAAUAAUCAAUCAGCUUGGCAUCGUUUUACGACAUCAUUAAAAAAAUCAUUUCGUCUUGAUUCGUCAUUAAAGCAAAAUGAUCCAGAUUAUUAUACAGCAAUCUAUUCAUCAAAUAUCGAUAAAUUUAAACAUUUAUUUGCUACAUUACGUGGUUCAAAAGAUUUAUAUUUUACACCAACUGAACGAAGUUUAUUAACACAUGAAUUAUUAUCAAGAGCUCAUUUUGAUUAUGAUGAUGAUAAUCAAGGUGAUAAUCAACAAAAUGCAGUAACAAUACGUUCACUUACGAAUACAUCAGCUGAAUUACAGAAACUUUCAAAACGACCUGGUAUUGAUCGAUUAAUAACAAAAAAAGCCUACGAGUGUUAUUUUCCUUUACAUGAGUCUCUUCGAGAUGAUGCAAUAAAUAUAGAAGACAGUGACUUAAAUGAUCGAGAAAAAUUAAAAAAACAUUGGGCUACAAUGCGUCAAUGUGUUAAAUUUCAACCAUUAUCUUUAAUUCGUUCAUAUAUGGGUGAAAAAGUUGCAUUUUAUUUUGCACUCUGUGGUUUUUAUAAUCAAAUGCUAGUUCCAGCUGCAUUGGUUGGUUUCAUUAUAUUUAUCUAUGGCAUAAGUAGUGUUUUUUCAGAUCAGCCAACAUCCGAUAUUUGUGGAGAAUUAGGACAGACAACACAUAUGUGUCCAAGAUGUGAUAGAACAUGUCCAUUUUGGAAACUCAGCGAUAGUUGCUUAUAUUCAAAAGUUUCAUACGUAUUUGACAAUGCAGCUACAGUUGUUUUUUCCAUAUUGAUGUCCUUAUGGGCAAGAUGGUUUAUUGAAUUUUGGAAACGUCGACAGGCAGGUCUACAAUAUGAUUGGGAUUCAAUGGGCUUUGAAGAACAUCUUGAACCAAUACGACCGGCAUUUGAAAAUAAAGCGAAGAAAAAAGGCGAAAAGCGUAUUAAUCCUGUUACUGAGAUAAAUGAACCGUAUAUUUCAAUUCGAACACGAAUGCCAUUCUUUUUAGCUGCAGGUGCUGUUGUUUUAUUGAUGAUGGCUAUUGUAUGUGCAACUGUUUUUGGAACAAUUGCAUAUCGUUCUCGAAUGGAUUAUAUUUUAAAAAAAUCAAGUGUUAAAACAUAUUCAUCAAUUAUAAUAACUGUUACAAGUGCCAUUAUGAAUCUUAUUUGUUCUAUUAUAUUAUCACGAUUUUAUUAUUGGAUUGCACGAAAAUUAACUGAUUUUGAACUUCAUAAAUAUCAAUCGACAUAUGAUGAUUCAUUAACGAUUAAAAUAUAUCUUUUUCAAUUUGUCAAUUUUUAUUCAUCGUUAUUUUAUAUUGCCUUUUUUAAAGGACGCUUCCAUAAAUAUCCAUCAACUUAUGCUGACUCGGAUUCGAGAAAUUUUACUGAACAGUGUGAUCCAGCAGGUUGUUUAGUCGAACUUUCUAUACAAUUUUUUAUCAUUAUGAUUGGAAAACAAAUUAUAAAUAAUUUAUUCGAGUUCUUUAAUGCAAUGGGUAGUACACUAAAACGAAUAUUUUGGAAACGUGGUGAAACUGAGGCACAAGAACAAUGGGAAAAAGAUAAUGAACUAUAUGAUUUUAAUUCCAAUACACUUAUCGAUGAAUAUUUGGAAUUAGUUAUUCAAUUUGGUUUUGUUACACUAUUUGUCGCUGCUUUUCCACUUGCACCAUUGUUUGCUUUAUUAAAUAAUAUAAUUGAAAUACGUUUGGAUGCAUGGAAAUUUUUAUCUAAAUAUAAACGACCUAUUCCAUUUAAAGCAUCCGAUAUUGGUAUUUGGAGUGAUAUUAUUUCUGCAAUAUCAUAUGUUGCUGUUCUAACAAAUGCAGUUGUUAUUGCUUGGACAUCAGAAUUCAUUCCAAAAAUGGCAUAUCGUUCAAUUCAAUCAACUGGAGGAAGUCUGAAUGGUUAUGUUAAUUGGACACUGUCGUCAUUUAAUAUUGCUGAUUAUAAUCGUACCGGUACGAUGCCGGAGGAUGGAUCAAAUAAUUUAACUAUCUGUCGUUAUCGUGAUUUUCGUAACUCAACUGGACCAGAUUAUUCUCAAACAUCAAUCUUCUGGAAUGUAUUAGCUGCUCGUCUUGCAUUUAUUAUUGUUUUUGAACAUGUUAUCUUUUUUAUUAUUUAUAUAAUGCAAUGGCUUGUACCAGAUGUACCAAAGAAAAUUCAAAAUAAAAUUGAUCAUGAGCGUUAUAUUGAUCAACAUGAGCGAUGGGCCAGUAAACAAACUGAAGAUCAUUUUAAAGAUGCUAUUAUUUCAUCAGAAGCUGUAACAAAAAUGAUAACAUCUUCAAAUGGAACUAUAAAAGCUCCUGUCAAUGAAAAUGAUGUCUCUUCAAAUGGUUCACGAGAUCGAAAAAGACAAUCUGGUAUGCAAUUAUCAUUAGAUAAUGAGUGA